AUGGGCACAUCGGACACACGUCGUGAACAUGUGGAACAUUGUAUUGCCACGUUGGACGAUCGCGAUCUGGCCAAGCACCUGACCCUACUACGAUUGGCCGAAGUCAAUGAGUUGGAUGAGACGUUACGUGCAUGCCAAAGGAUGGAGAGUCGUCAGUUGAAGACGUCGACUGAAUCGAACAAGUUCUACCAGCGAGCGAAUGCCUCCCCAAAUCCUACGUCAUCCAAGACUGCUCGGCUGGUGAGACAAAUCCGUGAGCGGAUCGAAAGAAGCGGAUCGGAAUCGGACUCGAUUGGAUCGGAUGAAGACAAGGAUCGCAGCCGAGUUUGUGUGACCACUACAUCUGGUCAAGAGAGAUCGGAUCAAGAUCAUCGUACCUGGCAGAAGAAUACUGAGACUAACGUGCCAGAAGUGCGGUCGAAAAGGGCUCCAUCGGACAAGUGCUUUUACGUUUUUCCAGCAUGUGGAGAGGUACAUGAGAAUGGCAAAUGCCCCAUGGAAGAUCUCUUUAACUUGAUCCGCCAUUGGUAUGUGCCUACUAAGCAUGCGGUCACGUUUCCUCCGAAGGUCGAGGAAAUGUUGUAG